AUGACGAGUAAUGGAAACGUGUGGGAGAGUAGACAAGCAAUUGCGAGUCCAGCAAGUCAACAAGAUUUACUUGUGAAGGAUGAAAUAUCUUGGCCGUCAGCUUCAGAUGCUAAUGACAAGAGGGAAGAGGAGCGUGAGGAGAAGAAAGAUAACAAGAAGGAUGAUUCAAUUACGAGUACGCGGAGGGGUAAGAAGAACUGGGUUAGCGUACCUGUUGAGCAAGUAUUACCAGUUCAACCUCCACGUUCAAAUAAGAAAUCUUCUUCAAAAUCUAAAGCUCAACAGCCUUCAAACAAGCAACAAAAUCAACGCAAAUCAUCAAAAUCAAAGAACUCAAAUCCCCACCAAUCAAAUCAAAGAAAAUCAUCAAAUCGUAGAAAUCAAAAGAACCUUGAUAAGAAUCCAAAGGAUAAGGCUUUCCCUCCCGUCGUUCCUCCUAUGCCUUCCUCUUUUCAAAUGUUUGGCGCUCCAAAUUCUCAAGCAGGUCACACUUACGCUCCAAUGCCAAUGCCAACUCCUGUUACAACUACAAACUAUCCUUUGGAUCCUUUGAGAUUCUAUUUAUUAGGCCAAUUAGAAUAUUACUUCACUACUCAAAAUUUAGUUAGGGACUUCUUUUUACGCCAGCAAAUGGAUAGUGAUGGCUGGGUCGAUAUACCUGUUUUCACUACUUUCAAUAGAGUUAAAGCUCUCUCUGUCGACGUUUACCUCCUUAGAGAUGUCUUUGCCAUGUCUCAACUCGUCGAAGUCUUCUUCUUCGCCGGUAAUCAAGAGCCUUCUCAAAAAGAAGAAGGCGUCUUGCAAAAAGAGUCUUUGGACAUGUCCCAAGUACAAAAAGAGAUUGAUUUCAUCGCUAGCAACACAAAUCCUGUUGGUAAAGUUAGGCUCGCUCAUGGUGUUUGGAAGAAAUGGGUUUUACCAAAUGCCCAAAAGUCAAAUGUUGACGUUGAAUCUUUACCACAAGAUGAUAAUGCUCAAUUUGAUGAUAGUGCAACUCCUGUUGAAGCUAGCAAUCAUAAUGAACAAGUUGCUGCUAUGUCAGCCCAAUUUGAAUCUGCUGAUUCACAACCAGCUCAAUCUAACGAACCUACUAAUCAAUCUUCUCAUCAAAACGCAUCUUCCAAUUCAAUAGACGGUGGCUCAUCUGACGCCAUUAAGGAAUCAAAGUAA